AUGGCGGAAAAAAUAGCGGUCGUUACCGGAUCAAAUAAAGGUCUAGGAUUCGCUGUAGUCAAGGGAUUGUGCCAAAAAUUCAACGGAAUAGUCUACUUAACAGCAAGAGACGAGAUCAAAGGAAGAGAAGCGGUGAAAAAACUAGAAGAAAUCGGAUUAAAACCGAAAUUCCAUCAACUCGACGUUAGUGACGAACGCAGUGUAGAAAAAUUUGCAAAUUAUUUAAAUUUAGAACACGGAGGUUUAGACGUUUUAGUCAAUAAUGCGGCUGUAAUGGAUCUGGGUAACGUUUACCCGGACUAUGAAGGAGCGAAGCGAAAUAUCGAAGUGAAUUACAAAAGCUUGUUGACGAUUGAAAAACAUCUCUUCCCGCUUCUUAGAGAUGGCGCUAAGGUCGUGAAUGUUUCCAGCGCUUGCGGGCACCUGUCAAAUUUGAGAAACGAGAAGUGGCUGAGCAGACUGCUGGAUAAAAAUCUGACUACUGACCAGCUGAAUCAUUUUGUGGAUGAAUAUUUGGAUAGCGUGAAAAACGGGACUUUCAAAAAAGAGGAUUUUGUUGAUGAAGGGAAGCAUGCUGAGCAUAGAGUGUCUAAAAUCGCGGUGACAGCUUUAACUAUGAUACAGCAAAGGAAGUAUUAUGAUAGGAAUAUUUCUAUCAACGCGGUGCAUCCGGGGCAUGUGAAGACGGAUAUGGCGAAGGGCGGGGGAGUUACGGAACCGGAUGAAGCUGCUAAGGUCAUUCUUUACUUGAUUCUGGAGGCGUCCCCCAACUUGAAAGGGACGUUCAUGUGGCACGAUGGGAAGCUUGUUGACUGGACUGAUGUAGAUGGUGAUUAUUACUAUCAAUGCGAAUUUUAA